GCCGUUAGCAGAUGUCGCUAGCAGUCGCGAGAGCGACGCGAGCGCCACCUCACUGCGCGUACGGCGACGACGCUGCGCGGCUCAUCCGCUGCUGCAUCCAAAACUUGUGUGUGUUGUGUCAAAAAUCGUGCGCGAUUAACUUCGAUCGACGGGGCAUCUCUUCUCGUGAAGGACGAUGCUACUGAUACAGGAGAGGUGAUCGUACAUCUGGCGUGUUAGUAAUAAAUACAGCAAUGGCAAAUAAUUCAAGAGGAAUACCUCGCAUACAGGUCUUUCGACCGACGUAUGAGGAAUUUAAAAAUUUCACAAAAUAUGUGGAAUAUAUGGAGAGUCAGGGAGCUCAUAAAGCAGGCUUGGCAAAAGUGAUACCGCCACCAGAAUGGGUCCCGAGGAAAGGGGGCUACAACCUAGAUGCUCUAGAUCUCACUAUCCCAGCGCCAAUCUGUCAAGUUGUCACUGGAAAGCAAGGCCUUUAUCAACAGAUCAAUAUUCAAAAGAAAUUAAUGACCAUCCAAGAGUAUAGUAAAUUGGCCAAUUCCGAACGUUAUGCAACUCCUCGUCACUUUGAUUACGAGGAUCUGGAAAGGAAAUAUUGGAAGAACAUAACGUACGUAGCGCCGAUAUACGGUGCAGACGUAUCUGGUUCUUUGACCGAUCCAGAAGUAAAGGAGUGGAAUAUCAAUCACUUGGGAACGAUUCUGGAUUAUGUUAACAAAGACUAUGGUAUAUCCAUUGACGGUGUCAAUACAGCUUAUCUGUAUUUUGGAAUGUGGAAAACCACAUUCGCCUGGCACACGGAGGAUAUGGAUCUUUAUUCUAUAAAUUAUCUUCAUUUUGGUGCACCCAAGACGUGGUACGCCAUACCUCCGGAACACGGACGAAGAUUGGAGAGAUUAGCUAGCGGCUUUUUUCCAUCGAGUUAUCAGAGUUGCCAGGCCUUCUUGCGUCACAAAAUGUCUCUGAUAUCCCCUCAAAUACUAAGACAAUAUUCUAUUCCAUGUAACAAGAUAACGCAAGAAGCUGGAGAAAUAAUGAUUACAUUUCCAUAUGGUUAUCAUGCUGGUUUUAAUCAUGGAUUUAAUUGUGCUGAAUCCACCAACUUUGCAACACCUAGAUGGGUAGAAUAUGGGAAGAGAGCUACACAGUGUUCUUGUAGUAAAGAUAUGGUCAAAAUAUCUAUGGAUACUUUUGUCAAACGCUUUCAACCAGAGAGGUAUGAUUUAUGGCUGCGUGGUGAAGAUGUUGGUCCCCAUCCUGAGGAUCCUAGACAAACUGCUGCACCAAUGCCGUCACAAAUGGAUUUAUUGUGUAACAACAGUAGCAAUGGUCAAUUACCGCAGAGCUAUCUGAAUGCAGCACCAAAAAAUAAACGUCAUAUGAUUCACAAGAAAAAGAUUAUAGGCACAAAUCCUGUUGUUAAUAUGGAAGAACUGGUGAAUCGUGCGGAUAUACCUCCGGAUAUUAAAAAGGCUUUGCAAGAUCUCGAAUUUGAAGAAAUAGAGGAGCCGGACGAACAGCAAUUGCAGGUUCUAGAAGAUAUCUGGUUAAAAGCAGGAGAAAUGGAUGUUGAUGAGGCGUCUGUGUAUGACGAUGGUUACAAUCGCAAGAAGAGCAAAAAGAAGAAGAGAAAGCAAAGUGGAAGUAGAGAAAAAAAAUUGAAGAUUGAAUCAAAAUCUAAAAAGGAAGCCAAUAAAGUUAUUGAUACACAGAAUGUGGAAGUGAUUAAAGUUGAAAUAAAAAGUGAAGUUGAUGACAUAAGUACUUUUGAAGACAUGUCCCAGGAAAAUAGCGACGAAAUUCCUGUGAUUCAAGGAAGUUAUAAUGAUAAUAUUAUAAUAGAAAAUGAUCCUGUGGAAGAUCCUCUUAAGAUAGAUUUUCCUGAAGUUGUUGACAAAUCUACCAAAAGGAGAAAAAAGCAUUUGAGUCACAGUGGGCAGAAAAAAAUAAGAUUGAAACAUGCGUUCAAAAGUAAAUCCAGACAUGAUAAUAUAUCACUCUAUACUCACACAUCGACUUUAGAUGUUUCAAAUGACAAUGUGCAACAUAGAAAUAUGGCGCUACCUGAUCUUCAUAGCAUUCAUACUGUAAAAGAUAUAUCUAACAAUCAAGGAAAAAUCAAUACAUUGCCUGGAAAUAUUAUUUCACUUGGUAAUGAGCUCAGUAUGACAAAUGUAAAGGAUAAAACUACCAUAAAUAUAACCAAUAGUGGUCAAAUGACAAACUUUGGCUGCAGUGAUGACAAAGGCACAGAAAUACUAAUGAACAGCACAGUGGGAGAUAGAACGACAAGUAGUUUGUUGAAAGAUAUCAAAAGUGACACUUGCAAAACAAUAUGCCCUAUAAAUAGGAAUCAUGAUACUAUAGUACAAAAAAUUUCUGAAUAUCAAAAUGAAAGUACAAAAGAUGUUAUUCAUAUGAAACAGGAUACAUAUGCAAAGCUCAAAACUGCAGCAACGUCUACAGAACAUGGAUUGAUAAAACAUAAGAAUCUGAUAAAAGCGCCUCGAUUAAACAUACCGUUAUCAUCGAGAGUUUCACAGCCUGAAAAUGCUGCUAUAAGUCAAAAAAAUUCAUUGAACUCGAUUGCGAGUAUGAAUGUAUCAAAUAUUACGCUUUUAUCAGAAUCGGAAUCUGCUAUCUCAUCUGCAAGUGUAAUAUACCCAAAUACAACUUUCCAUCACUCCAACCCUCCGGUUUUGCAGAAUGAAUUAGAAGUACCACAUAUUGGAAAUGAUAAUACACCUAAAAGUAUACCGCAGUUGGAGGAUUUUUCACACCAACUUCCACCUGGUACUGCCAUUACUCCAAUUUCUACUUCAGAAGGAAAAUCUUUGAUUUUUAACAAUAAUGCCUUCGUGAAGUCUCCGUUGAUGUUUAAUCAGCAUAGUAAUCUGAAAAGACCAUUGGGAAAGGUCAACUCUACAGUGGAUAAUUCCAAGGAAUCCGCAAAGAUAUUCUGGAAAAACAGUCCGUUCAUUUGUCAUUCGGGAGACGUUUCUCUCUCAGCUCAAGCGUCUACUGGCACCACGGUGAAUAAAAGUGGUUUUAUCCAUAUUCCAAAAUUACAAACGCACGUAUUACCACAAACAAAUACGUUUAUAUCGCCACAUCGCUCUCCCGCCAUGUGUAAUUAUUCUCAAAUCGCGCCUAAUAGCAUGAUGUAUUUGCAAACUGCCACUACGUCGACUGUUGCGAAUUCUGCGUACGCAACUGUUCCAAACAGCUUGAAAAAAAUUACCACCAAAAGUACAUCGCGCCAAAAGUCGCAAAAAGGGCAAACAUCGCGUAAAAAAUCAUCUUCGAAGAGUAGCAAGUCGAACAAUAACGCAUUUAUGAAUACGCCUCGAACAAAUAUCGCAAGUACUUCCAUCGGAACGCAAGUUAAUCAUCCUAUCGACGUACCUGCAUUGACCUAUAAUGUGUAUAAUGCGGACAACGUUCUAUCGCGAGUUAUGAAUGCGCAAAGCACUAUAUAUCCAAAUGUGCAUUCUUUGAUUGAAAAGAAAUCGGCUGUAGAUGAUCUCAUGCACUCUAGCGAGAGCGAAAGUAUAUCAAGCUCAAGUAUAUCCGAUAAUAAAGCGCAGCUACAAGGUUUGAUAAAUACGGCAGUUAAUACUCAUCCGCAUUUAUCUUCAUCUAAUGUGAAACAAACACAAAUAUCUAUCUUGAGAAAGAAGCCCAAAGAAAAGUUAAAGAAAUCUACGACGAGGAAAAAACAAACAGCGUCUAUUGUUCCUACGAUUGAAGUUACAACAAAUCAAUCAACCGAUGCAAUAUCAACGCAAUCCAGUGGUAAUUCUCAACCAAUUACGUCGAUGAUACCGGGACACAUUUCGGAGAUGAUUUAUCCAAAUGUACCAAAUAACGAUCUGCUGAGAGCGUUCAAUAAUUAUUGGAGCGCUCAAGUCUCUCAUUGUGCAAUAUGCGCCACUUUUGCCUCGUGUACGAGCGGAAGCAGCAGGGUAAUGCCACCUGAUUGGAGGUAUUGCCAAUCGACCACGUUACCUGAAAGCACGCCGAUAUGGGUGUCCGCCAGUAUUUUUGCGGCCAAUUCCAAGGAACAGGCUUUGGAGCCGGAAAACAAUAAACUCUUACGAUGUAGAGAGUGCCACGUGACUGUUCACGCGUCCUGUUACGGUAUAACUAUAUUACCUAAGGAUAUCCGAAAUUGGGCCUGCGACAGAUGUAAAGCCGGUAGAAACGAUGUGAUGUGUUGUUUGUGCCCGAUGUUCGGCGGUCCUUUAAAACGCACUAGCGAUAGUCGAUGGGCACACAUCUUGUGCACGCUUAUGGUACCAGGAGCCACUUUCAAAGAUUCCAUAAAUAAAGAUCCCAUCAACGUAUUGACGAUUAUGGAGGACUCGUGUCACAAGAAAUGUUGCUUUUGCGGACAGGAUGGUGGAGCGUGCUUAAAAUGUAAUCAAUGUACCAAUGUGUUUCAUCCGUCUUGUGGUCUCGCAGCGGGUGCCACAUUUAUUAUACCGGUAUACAACUCGCAGGAACUUCAGGUAACAUGUAACGGGCACGACGAAGGCAAGGAAAAAAUACCGCAGAUACGGCAAGGUGAAGUCGUUUGGGCAAAACAUCGAAAUACCAGAUACUAUCAAGCCAAAGUCGAAUCUAUUCAGGAUAUUCUUUUUUACAUGGUUACAUUUAACGAUAACAGUUUUAGCGAUGAUUUGUUUCCCUCUGACAUAAUCAAUUAUGAUCCUGGAAAUACACCGCCACUCGGAGCCGCGGUGACUGUAAACUGGACAGAUGGACAAACGUAUGAUGGUAUCUUUGAAGGUACAAAUCAUCGGAUAAUGUUUACUGUGAUUUUCGAGGACGGUUCGCAACUCGUUUUAAGGCGCAACGAAAUUCACAGUUUACAAGAAGAUAUGCCAAAAAGAGUGCGUUCUCGUUUGUCUGUUGCGACUGAAAUGAAACACCGAUCUCAUCUUUAUGGUACAGAAGAUGAAACGGAGGCGCAGAGAAAAGUGAAACAUUCAGUGAGAACUUACGAUUGAGGAGAGAUAUAACUUUUAAAUUUAAGUAAAGACAGUAUAUAAAAUCCUAUAUUGUAAAUAGUAGGCAUAAAAAUUAUAUUUUCUAAUUGUAAUUUUAUGUGUCUUCUCCUUAAUAACUUAACUUCAAUUUUCAUCAGGUAUAAAAACUACUUUUUUCUUAUAUAUUUAAUCAUUUUUGUUUUAAUUAAUUAAUGUCUUCAAUAAAAAUUAUAUGUCUCAUUCAUGUUAAAUUAUUAAUUUGCAGUAUUGUGUCUAUAAUUGUGAGAUAUAUUCCAUAUACAAAUUAGGCUAUUAAUAUUAGUAUUAUUUAUACAUAUAUAUAAUAUAGGGUACGGCGGGAUUAUUUGAAUAGGAUAAAAUUAAUUUUCAAUUUUUUUACAAUUGUUAUAGCGCCACUAAACAAAGCAUAAACAUUUGAAAGACUUUCCAUCGCAUCGCUCAAACAAACAAUACAGCAUCUCUCCAAGCACGUGCGUUAAAUCUUAAUAUUAUUCAAUAAAAUGCUUCACUAUCCAAAUUGCCUCGCUGUACUCUAUUUAUAACUGCUGUUUCGACGGCAUCAAUGAAAGAUAUUUAAGUAUUGCAGUUUUGGACAAAAUCCUUUCGACCUGCUUCGGAAACUAAAUUGUACUUACAAAAAGUAUAUUGUUUUAAAAAAAUAAUAAUAAAAAAAUAAUUUUUGAAACAUAAAUUUAAGUAGAGUUCCAAAAUUUAUGAUUCUACUCUUUUUUUCUCACUUUCACAGGAAGAAAACAUACAUCUAAAUUGUAAAUAAAAAGUUGCAGAUUUAUAAUUCUUAGAUAUAUCUUUAAUAUCUUUUUCAUUAGUGCCAUCGGUUCGUUUAAAUAGAUUGUGUAUCGAUGAUGUGUUUCUCAACUUUUUCAAAUAUUUGGGCAUCACUGAAUGAUGAAGCAUUAUUUGUAAAUCAAAGCGUUUUGCAAUUUAUAAUACAAGAGAUUCAAUGUUUAAUAUACAUCAAAAUAUAAGUUAGAAACAUUUUUAAAACGAUGCAACAAUAUACCGUACAAAAAAAUGAUACAAUAUAUAUCAAUGAGGAACAAAUGCCAAAAUAUUUUUAAAGUGUACAAGUACCUAUGUCUUCUUUCCAUAGUAAACAAUGCGACAUGAUUUUAAUGAUAUUAUAAUUAGUGUAUUAUUUUAUUUAAAAAAAUAUGUCAAUAUUUAGAGUUGCAAUGUUGUAAUCGUAUUAUACAAGUCUUGUGUUUGUCAAAAUCAAAUAUCUAAACAGCGCUGAAAAAGAUUGAAAGAGUUUAACAAUUUUUUAUAAUACUCUUGAGAUAUUUUUGAAAUUAUAAAUAAUAAAUUUCUGUCAAUAACUCAUCAUUUUUUCACUAACAUAAUAUAGAGAGUCCAUCCAAAUAGAAAUCAAUAAAAUUCUAUAAAGAAUUGGGAGAGUGUUUAUUAUGUGUUAUUUCUAUUAUUUUAUUAUACAGAAUUUUAGAUUGUAUUUAAGGGAAAACGAUAAAUUAAAACAAAAAUUAUAAAGUUGUUUUAUGUCGUCUAAAAAAUAUUUAUUCUAGUUUUAUUAGAAUUUAUAUUCACAUUCAAUGAUGUAUAUAAAAAUUACAAAGUUUAUAACAUGUAUAUUAAACAUGCAAUUUCACAUCACAAUUUAUCAUCACAUAUAAUAUUCCAUAAAAUAAUAAUGUAAUGUAAUGUAAAUUGCUUCAGAUCCAUGUAAUUACCAUUGUGGAAAAUUAUGUACAUUGUUAAGUCUUUCAUUAAUUUUAUUUCUAGUCGCUAUUUUUAUUCUGUUUUAAUACUUAAAACUUAAAGCUACAAGAGAAAAUAAGUUAGUAAAAGAUACAGUAUUAUCUUCCUUGUAGAAGCUACAAUAGCAAUAUCACUCUUGUGCGGUUUAUGGCACUUACAUAUAUAUAUAUGUAUAUAUAUAUAUAUAUAUAUACAUACACAAACACACACACACACACAUAUAUAUAUACACAUAAAUGACAUGCAACAGAAAUAUCCUCAAGAAUUAUGUUAAUAUACGAGUAACGAACAAGACUGCGAUUAUUGUUAUGAUUGUUAUUAAUACGAUAAAAGUAAUUAUUCUGUAGGUAAUGCUUAGUCGUUUAGUAUGUGCUCUUUAUAAUCAAAAAAUAAUGAAUAUAUUAGUAUAUCUUCAUGUGUAUUGAUUCUAAUUAAGUUUAAAGUGAAGUAUAAAUAUACCUACAGUAAGUUAUCUGUCAGUUUGUUACAGUAAUUGCUCAAAUGCUUUUACUGGACAUAAAUUUUAUUAUAUAGACUCUAUAAAAAGAAAUAUCGUAUAAUGUCAUAUAAAUAAACAAAUUUUUAAAG